AAAGAACAUAAUUCCAUAUGUGUUCAUUCAUAGCUUUGAUGCCUAUAGUGAGAAUCUACAAUGUAAAUAGCCAUGAAAAUAAAGAAAACAGGAAAAACAAAUUUUAUACAUAUGAUCAAUGCCAAAUAGCAGCCAUGAGAGAAAUAAGUGUUAAAAGCCGCUGAGAAGUGCUGUUCUUGGCGGUGAAGAGGUGAGGUUUGGAGGCUCCACAAACAAAAUGCAGAGAGCAUCAGAACUCUACGUGACUUCAAUGUGAAGAGAAACAAGUCCGCUAUCAGCUCCGUCACUGUCAGCCUUCAGCACUUCUCCUACAUUUAGUUUUUAGCCUUUUAUCAGUGCAGAGAAAACACAAGUGUCCCGGCUUUCACACUGCACAGAGGAGCCGCGGCCUGGCUUGAGUCUCCACGGUUCUCAUGGUGUGUUCAAGUACAGCCCGCUGCUCCGAGCUCUGCAACAGUCCCUCAGACUCUCUGGUCACUCCGUGAGGAACAAAGCUUAGAGGAAGUCAUGGCAGAUAAAGAAGUCGCUCCCGCCGCCCCGGCCCCGGCCAAAGCACCGAAGAAGAAGGUUUCCAAACCCAAACCGGCUGGUCCCAGCGCCAAAGACCUCAUCAUUGCUGCUGUGUCCGCAUCCAAGGAGCGGGGCGGCACGUCUCUGGCCGCCAUCAAGAAGGCUCUGGCUGCCGGCGGAUACGAUGUGGACAAGAACAAGGUCCGCGUCAAGACCGCCGUCAAGGGCCUGGUCGCUAACGGGACUCUGACCCAGACUAAAGGGACCGGGGCCUCCGGAUCCUUCAAGCUCGCCAAGAAGGCCGCCGAGCCCAAGGCCAAGAAGCCCGCAGCUAAGAAACCUGCAGCUAAACCUAAGAAGCCCGCAGCCAAGAAACCUGCAGCGGCCAAGAAGUCCAAGACAUCGGCAGCAAAGAAGCCAGCAGCCGCAAAGAAGUCUCCCAAGAAGGCCAAGAAACCCGCAGCGGCCAAGAAAGCCACCAAGAGCCCCAAGAAGGCCACCAAGCCCGCCAAGAAGGCUACACCCAAAAAGGCUGCUGCAGCCAAGAAAGCCCCCGCAAAGAAAGCUGCUGCCAAGCCCAAAGCCAAGAAAGCAGCACCCAAGAAGAAGUGAGCGCCACAUCACUCUCAUCACCAAAGGCUCUUUUAAGAGCCAACCACACCAGCUUUAAAGAGUGCUUUCCUAUUUAUUUUCUAUGUGUCAUUUAAAUGUUUUAUUUUAUAGAAUGUUUGAAUAAGAGACAGAAGUUUACACACUUUAAACUCCUACAAACUUGUUUUUUUUUUGUAUAUUUUGCACAUUUCUGUUCUUCUAACCAUGGUACGUCAAGAAACGUAAUUUAAUUAUCUGUGUGUCUUGUACAUAUGGGAAAUACGAUAAGACGAUAAAGUUGACAUUGACUUUUGACAAUAUUGCACAAGAAAAUUGGACAUUGGUUACAUUAAUAUAUAUCCCCGUCAGUCCGUUCUGGUGCUGUUGUUCCACAAAUGACAUAUUAUGAUUAAUUUAAAAAAUGUACAUGACGUUCUGAACCUUCAAAUGAAUAAAUGCAGAAAA